AUGUCCGAACAUUAUUUGGUGUGCAAACAGAGUGUGCACGUUCAUGUAAGUUCAAAAAGUUUUGAAUUAUUGUUUUUGUUUGGUACGGUAUUUGGGGUUACGGUAAGUAUGAUUGUAUGUAAGUGUAGAGAUAGAACGCAGUAUGUUACGGUAGUGACAAAAAGCUUAUCCUAUAAUUAAUAAUACAAAAACUGUGUAAGGCUAGAGUAAGGCAAGAAUAAGGCAAGCGUAGAGCUAAUGUAGAACAAUUCUAUAUCUAGGGUUGAGCAAGAAGUAAAUCAAUAGCAGAUUUAGCACAGUUCUUAAAUAGAACUAGGUUAGAGCUAAGAUAGUGCGUGGGUAAAUCUAAGGUUGGGUUAGGAAAGGGUAGAAGUAGGACAAGGGUAAAGCAAGAGCAAGCCAUGAGUACUGUUAGAGUGACGCAAGGGUAGAGAUAAAGCAAAGCUAGGAUAAGGCUUGAGUAGUGCUAGUUUAGGACAAGGGUAGAGCAUAAGUAGUGCAAGGGUAUAAGUAGAGUAAAGCAAAGACAAAGCUAGGGUAGAGCAAGGGUAAAGUAGAGUAAAACAAAUAUAGAGCUAAAGUAGAGCACAGGUAGGACAAGUGUAGAAGGUAAAGCGUGGGUAGAACUAGAGUAGAGCAACAGUAUACUUAGCGUAGAACUAAAAUAGAGCUAGAGUAGCGCUAGUGUGUAGGGAAAGGCUAUUUUAGGGCAAAGGUAGAAAUUGACCAGAUUAUGUUACAGAAAAAUAAUUUUGACAAAGAAAGUGCCCGACCUGCCCCGCUCUGAUUGACUUCAAACUUUUUAUACAGAAAGAUCAUGCAAAUAUAAGAUCUUUAGCUAAAUCGCGCUCUUCAGGGAAUCUCGAGAAAAUCGAGAUCAAAAAAUGACAUCUUGAAGUUCCCGCCAACUUGGCAUUGUGUUUCAAGCUUAUAACUUUGUCAUUUUUUGACUUUUAAUUAUUUUUCUUUGAUAUACUAGCAGAAAACCUUUAAAUGAACCUGCAUUUUUAAAUUUGUAAGCGUAUCUUGUCUGGAAAGCCGAAAAAAAUGCUUGAAACACAAUGCCAAUUUUGUCAAAUUGGCGUGAAACCCAAAUAAUUUAAAUUUAAAACCUAAACGCGCGAGCUAAAAUUUUUUAUGGGAACUAUUGGUGAUACAAGAAAUUCAUAUAAAAAUUUUGAACUGAUUCUGAGCGUGGCAGGUAGGGCACUUUCCUUGUGAGUUGUUUUUUAAACUUUAAAAAUUUUCAAAUUUAAAAAAAAAAUUAAUUUUUAAAACUCUGUUUUCAAUUUCAAAAAUCACUCUUCCAGCAAGCCACAUACAUCAUAUCGUUGUUCUUCUGCAUUCUAUGGUGCUUGUUUGUUUUGCCGAUUACGUUGUUUUGCCUAAUCAAAUUCGAUAUUCUACCGUCGGCUGGUGGGGUUCUAGUUGGCCUACCCGUCUGGCUGUUGUUAAUUGGGAAUCGGCGAAAAACGACCUGGUGCUAUUGGCCUUUCAUGGUAAUUAACGUAUGUUCUUUAGUAUUUUGGAACAAAAAAGAAGAUAUAUUAGAUUGUUCAAAUAAUUCUGUGCUCCUAAGCCAAAAAGUUGCUUUGAGAGAGAGCACAGAAUUAGUUGAAAACCGAUUUUACAAUGGAACUUCUGCCCUGCCCUGCCCUGCUUUGCUUUGCCCAGCUUAGCUCAACCCAGUCUAGCCUAGUUUAGUCUUGCAUAGCCUAGGCCAGCCUAGCCGUAGUUUGCCUGGUUUAGCUCUGCAUAGUCCAGCCUAACCCACUCUAACCAGUCCAACCCAGGCCAAUUCAACCUAGCUCAGCCCAGCCCAGCCCAGCCCAGCCAAGCCCAGCCCAGCCCAGCCCAGCCCAGCCCAGCCCAGCCCAGCCCAGCCCAGCCCAGCCCAGCCCAGCCCAGCCCAGCCCAGCCCAGCCCAGCCCAGCCCAGCCCAGCCCAGCCCAGCCCAGCCCAGCCCAGCUCAGCCCAGCCCAGCCCAGCCCAGCCCAGCCUAGCCCAGCCCAGCCCAGCCCAGCCCAGCCCAGCCCAGCCCAGCCCAGCCCAGCUCAGCCUAGCCACCCCAGUCCAGCCCAGCUCAGCCUAUUUUAGCCCUGCUUAG